CCUCUCAUUUCUUCUUUACAUCAAAACUUUGAAUUCAUUCCUUAACACAAAAAACAUUUAAGGCAUUUCCCUUUUUUUUUUUUCCUCCCUCUCUCUAUAUUUCUUUCCCUUUUUUCUACAUUUCGUUAUGAAGCACAUGGAGUCAAGGAGGUGCAAAGAGUUUUCUAGGGUGAAAUGGGGGAGGAGGACGAGGCGGUCCGAUCACGGUGGUGGUGCUGGUGGAGGUGGCAGGUCGGCUAGAAUGAAGGUGAAGAAGUUGCAAAGGCUAAUUCCGGGAGGGAAAGGGUUGCAGCCGGAUCGGCUCUUUUUGAGGACAGCUGAUUAUAUAUUGCAUUUGAGGUUACAGGUUAACGUUUUGCAAGCUCUUUCAAAGAUUUACCAACCCUCGAUUUAGUGUAAUCGUUUAUGGUUUUAAAUAUUUAUGCAGAUUAUGAAACAGAAUUCAUAUAUAUAUAUAUAUAUAUAUAUAUAUAUAUAUAUAUAUAUAUG